AAGCCAAAAGUAGGUCCGUCUAAAACGGGCCAACUGUCGUUUUAAGUUUUCUUGAAACCUGUUCAGUCACAACGACAUCCAUAUUUGGUGCGUUGUUAUGUUGUGUCGUGCAGACUAGUCUCUGAAGUUGCGAAACAUUAAAGGGCACGUCGAUGUACUCAUUGAGAUUAGUUCUUAACAUGUCAUCCUCUUGGCAUUACAAUGCCCACAAAUGCAGCUCGCUCUAAACUGAAACUGGGCACAAACAGUUUGCAUGGUACUUUUAUCUAUUGCAUUACAUCUGAUCAAGCAGUUUAAAUUUAAGGUUUAGUAGCGCUGGGUGGUUAGCACUUGCGUUCAUCCUCAUGCCCUGGAUGUUUUUGUUUAUUUGGCAACAUAAACAGAGCAAGCACCUUCUGUUUUUCUAACACAAGUUGCAAGUGGCCUGUACUUUUUGAACACCUGUUAAUUAAUUUUGUGUGUAAUGUGGUGGUUUGUAUUUAACGGCAUUGCUCAAUGAAUCAUUGUAUAAAAACUAAAUAACCUGUUGUCAUCUGUUUGAACAGAGAUAUUAAUAGAAUGUAUUAAGGGGCUAUUAGGAGUACUACUGUCAACAGACCUGACUUCAAUAAGCUCCAAAUAACAGAUUAAACAAGAAAAAGACCACUGUGAACAAACACACACAGACAUCUUCCAAGAGUGUGAUUUUAAACCACUGCCCUAUGAGAGUAAAUAUUAACAGGUGUGUUUUACACAGGAUGUUAUCAUUUCGGGUCUAAAGAAGCUCCUAUUUGGCAGACUGAAAGAUUUCAGGUUCCUGUUGGUGUCAUGUGAUAAUAAGACACGGCAAAAACGAGUGAGUCACUGAGCAACACACCAUGUUGUGCCUAAAUCAUCCACUGAAACUGUGACACUACCUGAGCAACUGGCACGCAGCCCCCAGUGAUGAUAUCAUACAGAUACAAGCAAACCACAGUUUUAUCUGAUGAAAAUCCUAGACAGUAUAACAAUUUCCCUUACAUCAGAAAAUCUAACUUUUUCCAUAGGAACCAGUAACAAAACAUUGAUCUCAUAUACAAGAAGAUACCUUGAGAAUAUGACAACUUAUAACUUAUAAACAGGUGCAAAAACUAUUAAAUAGGUCAGGUAGGUUUUACAUACAAAGCGUAUGGGCCUUACAGCAUAUAAAAUAACACACAACCCCUCAUCUGCAGUUUUAUUUUGUUUAUUUCUUUGCAUCGUAACCCUUCAAGUUUGACUAAAGGGUUGGGCAACUGAAUAACAACCAAAGGCAGCCGUUACUGUGAAGUCUGAGCUUGUUCCAGACAACUCCCUUUGUCGUUUUCCCACAGCUCAAGCGUUCAAGUCUCUUACCUGUUGUAUCAGAAUUUGUACUGUUGGCUUUUGCAGGGAUACUUACGCAUCGUUAUGCUUUUUAAGCACAGUUUAAUUACUUGAUCGCAUGUCUUGGCAGUUUUUUAAGUAACAUUUUUUAACAGUUACAUUUAAAUUUUGUUCACCAUCUGAAUCUUAAAAUGAUCUUACAUGUAUGUGAAUAUUUUCUUAUUACCCACGAGUUUGACACGAGGAGUCAUGAGGUAAAUGAUUGCAGCAUAAGGCCUAUCAGGAGUAAUCUGGCCCUGAAAAAUCUCUCCUCAGAGUCUUAAUUGUGAAAAUUCCUCCCAGCCUCCUUGUGUCUGGAACCUAAUCUCCAUAGCCAGGCUCAAGUACCUUUAAUGAUCCUACCUUGGAAAAAAUAGAGAAUACUGUGGAAAACUAUCUGUAAGUCAAGUGGGAUCUGGACUGCAAAAUAUACAUUCUCUCUGAGGACAUCCUGUAAGAGCUGCAAGUAUUUAAGGACUGACAUCACUGCAAGUUCUCCAUGGGUCUGCAGGAGCUUGGCAUCAGCCUGUCAAUGACCGGUGUCGCUGGGACCAUUCUGAUCUGUGCUCUGCCCAUGUGGAAGGUGACAGCAUUCAUUGGCACUCAUCUGGUGGUUAUGCAGGUGUUCUGGGAGGGUUUGUGGAUGACCUGUGUCAGUGAAUACACAGGUCAGAUGCAGUGUAAGCUCUACGAUGCUCUUCUGGACCUGUCUCCAGACCUCCAAGCAGCCCGUGGCCUUAUUUGCAUCAGCCUGGUUUUGGGAUGUCUGGCGUUCCUUAUCUUUCUUCUGGGGGCGCGCUGCACCAACUGCCUGGGCCACCCACAAAUCAAAGCUAGGGUGGUGAUGAGCUCUGGGGCCAUCUUCUGCCUGGCAGCUCUCACCUCUAUAGUUCCUGUUUCUUGGACAGCCAACUCCAUCAUCAGGGAUUUCCACAACCCUCGAGUCCCUGAGGUGAUGAAGAGAGAGCUUGGAGCAGCCAUAUACAUAGGUUUUGUGACAUCUGGGCUGUUGUUCUGUGGGGGAGCCAUUUUGUGCACAAGCUCUCCACCCCAUAGAGACAGGUUCCCCUCUAGUGGGUACACACUGGCCAAGACACCCACACGUAGCAGUUACGCCAUCAAGAACUAUGUGUGAAGAUAAGAUUGAAGACACACAUGUCAGGGUGUGUCUGAGUGAAUAAAAUACACUACCAACAUGUUAUCACUUUAGAAUAAAUACCUUGAACUUGCAGUCUUGAACUCUUUGGAUAAAACCUAUUAGCCAUUUAAUAAUUCAAAGAUGGAAGCAAUUGUUAAGAUAACCAUCUAUUCUGGCAGUAAAGUAAAAUAAUUAGAUAAUUUAUGUCUUAGUGUCAAAUCAUACAUGUUUGAUCAUAUAGAAAUCAACUUUAAAAGUAUGAAAAUUUUACUUACUUAGUUUGUUUGAACCACAUAAAUCUUUUCUUUUUUUCUAGAUAUUUUGAAGUGGCACAGGGUUGCACCAGUAGAGGUAGUGCAUUUGCUUCACACCUCACUCCUUACCCAACUCUCACCUCUACCUCAAAGAAGGUGUCUGUUGAAUCUGGCUUAGGUGUCAGAGUUGGUCAGUGACUGCUCAGAAGGUCAGUGGUUCAGUCCCAGGCUUGUCCAGUCUGCAUGCGUUGUACUGUGUGGCUACAAAAUAGUGAACAUUCCUAUUUCUUAAGCGUCUGUUUUGUGUAGCAGUCUGAUGUCUAUAAGUUGUAAAUUUAACUUUAUUAGAGACACACACACAAAAAAAACAAUCAAGAGAAAAACUCUUGAAAGUUGCCAUUCAGUGAGACAAACACACAUAUUUGUAGUUGUAUCCAGUUCUGGAGUACUGCUGAUUGUGAGAGUGCUAUCAGUCCCCACAUUCAGUUAGUGAUUGUGACCAUAAUUGCACAGAAUGAACACAUAUUUCACACCCAUCAAAUCACUCAAAAACCUCUCUUGAGCUAUGGAUGAGAGCAUCGUUGUCAUCCUAUAAAAGACCCAUCCCAUCAGAACAGAAAUGUUUAUAAUGCACUCACCAUGGCCUGCUAGUAACAGCACCCCUCCCACCUUGGCCUUCAGAAUUGCCUUAAUUAUUCAUGGCAUAGAUCCAACAAGGUGCUGGAAACAUCCCUCAGAGAUUUUGAAUGUGUUGAUAAAACAUCAUUACACAGUUGCUGCAGAUUUGUCAGCUGCACAUCAUCGAUAGCAGCCUCCUGUUCCACUGUUUCCCAAAGGUGCUCUAUUGGAUUGAGAUCUGGUGACUGUGGAGUAGAGUGAACUUAUUGUACCCAUAAUAAUCAAAAAAUGAACUUGUUUCUUGAAGCUUUAUGACAGGGGAUGUUAUUCUGCUGAAAGCAGCCAUCAGAAGAUGGGUAUAUUGUGGUCACACAGGGACAGAGAGUGACAGCAAUAGUACUGAGACAGGCUGAGGCAUUUAAUCAAUGAUCAGCUGUUGUGAAGGGGCCAAGUGCCACUACACUACCACUCGAAUACUGAAGCAUAUUCAGUAUCAGGCAGGAUGGAUCCAUGUUUUCAUGUUCACGCUACUCUCUGACCCUGUCAAAGCUGGUCCAAAUGAUACGCCUCAGAAAAGCUUAACUCUGGUGAGCCUUUGCAACUUGUAACCUCAUUUUGCUGUUCUUAGCUGAUGGGAAUGACACUCUCCAGGACAGGUCCUCUGCUGUUGUAGCCAAUCUGCUUCAAGUUCAACAUGUUUUAUAUUUUCCCAGAUGCUCUUCUGCAUUCCUUGGCUGUAACAAGUUGUUAUUUGAGUUACUGUUGCCUUCCUAUCAGCUCGAAGGAGUCUUUGCCUCUGACCUCUGACAUCACAAGACAGAGCAACACACUAAUGCUCACUGGAUAUCUUCUCUUUUACAGAUCACUCUCUGUAAACCCUGAAGAUGACUGUGUGUGAAAAUCCCAGUAGAUUAGAAGUUUCUGAAAUAUUUACACCAUCACCAACAACCAUGACAUGUUCAAAGUAUUUGGAAGUAAUUGUAAAAGUAAUUGUGUUUUCAGCUUAACGUGCAUGCGUUCGUGUAGUUUAGUCUGAAGUUUUUGUGAACUUAAACAGAGAAUGUUUUCUACGCUGAAAGCUUUUGUGAUUGACUUGUUUCUUAGUAUUCAGAAUAAAGACUGCAGAGUAACCGUGUGUCAUUUGAAUCAAUAUU